UAAUAUAGAAACAUUUCUAUUGUGGAAUGAUUUAACAAAGCCUUCAAUGAAAAACAGAAAUAAAUCCGUUCUGUUGGUGUGGUAACCUAAGGCUGUGUAUCACACAGUGUAAAACAUGCUUUUAUAGGUAAUAAUACCUGGCUAUUGUUGUGGUCGGCCGUUUUUUGUGUUUUAUUACCUUGAGAUAAUUGUAGACGAGUUAUGUUGGUUGGAUGACGUACGGGUUUGUCGUCGUAUUCAGUCGUGUUUUUCUCUGAAUGAUUUUACUCACCUUAGGAAUGCGAGCGAGAAUAACGAUACGAUUUGUACGCUUGUGAAAAUCAUUAUUAACAGAAGCCUAUCGUUUAAAAGUGAAGAUAUUCCAGGCCUUGCAAAAUUUAAUUAUGUGAAGUGAACGUGAGACGAUGAUUCACGGAACUAAGUCACUUGCUCCUAGAGACAAACAAUGUCAUUAUGCUUGAGCAAGCUGUGUUAUUAUUGGACCAACACUGGAAAUCGUAUAUGUCUGUGGAAACAUAUCGGCUAGUCAGCAGUGAAGCACGUCACGAGUAGCGCAUUGAAACAAGGACCUAGCGCUGGGAAAGUAAGUAAACCUACGUUGGAGCGCCCGAGACGGCGCAAGCAGAAGAUUCAUUUUGCCAACAGACGAUCGGCCACUGGGCAUUUGGCUUGAAUACCUGCCUUUCUGCUUAAUAUAUUCAACAUAUGGUAGGUUUGACGUAUGCUGUGAUUCUGAAUAAUAUGCGCACAUGGAUAGACUAACCUAGAUUUAGCACACGAUGGAGAAUCUUGAGAAGGAGCUUAUUUGCCCAGUUUGUGAUGACUACUUCACGACGCCUAUUGUUCUGCCUUGCCACCAUAAUGUUUGCCAUAAAUGCGCAAGGGAAUGCCUGUCCUCCAUCGACAAAAUGUCGAACGCUGGUUCGGUAGAGAGUAUCUACUCUGUAUCUGGAUCUUCGCCACCUUCAACUCCAAACUCCCCUCCAAGGACGCCUUCAAAUGAACAAGAUCGCUCGAUCACGUCACCUUUAAUGCGUAAGAAGUCCAUUUCAAGGACUGGGAGUCUACGCAGACGAUCAGGUUCCUUUAAGCGCCAAAGUUUGAGUGCUGCAGAAAGUGAUACCGGGGGAGCCACUAAAGGCUUGCGCAGGCGUGAGUCUUUUGGUGGUAGGUCCCCUAGGCCACCGCUAUCAGCAUCAAGCAGGAGCUUAGCUGCAAAGGUGAAGACAUUCCCAUGUCCAUCCUGCAAAUCUGAUGUUGACCUAGGAGAUAAAGGCAUCAAUGGACUAUUCAGAAAUUUCACACUUGAGGCUAUUGUUGAGAGGUACAAAUUGGCGGCGAAGAAAGCUGCCAGCAUACCUUGUGGAUCAUGCAGAGCGCAUCCGCCUGAGGACGCCACUAAGAGCUGUUUGGACUGUAGAGCAAGCUUCUGUAACGUUUGCUAUAAGAACGCACACCCUUGGGGUACACCUCGUGCUCAGCAUAUGCAUGUCGGCCCUACCAGAAACUACAGGCCAAAGACGAUAACAUGCCCGGAACAUCCGGAGGAGCGAGUGACCAUGUACUGCGACGGCUGUCAAAAACCAAUAUGUCACAUGUGUAAAUUUUCUGGUGUCCAUAGCACUCACAAGGUGUCCGGUAUGGAGAGAAAGUACAAUGUUAUGAAGGAUAAACUGGAAAAGAACAUAAAAAAAAUACAAGGCAAAAGGGAAUUGAUUUUGGCGGAGCUGGACAGGAUUAAGGCAAAGAGAAUAAAGUUGGAGACAUCAGGGAACAUAUUCAAACAAGAAGUGAAUUCGGCAUUGGAAUGCGUCCGUGCAAUACUCCAGACGAGAGAGGGCGACAUUGCUGGACGUGCUGAGACUGAGGUGGCCACAAGAAUCAAUUUGGUACAAAUCCAGCUUGAAGCUUACGAGAACAUGCUGCAAGACUGCAAUGUCGUUGAGUAUGCUCAGGAAAUUUUGAAAGAAACUGAGCAUGCGUGCUUUGUCCAAGCUGCACGCCCUGUCAUUAGCAGGAUGCACAAAAUGUCUGAUGCAAUGAAAGUGAACCACAUAGAUGUAUCGGACAACUUCAGGGACAUGCAAAUCACUUCAGCCGGAGCAUCGGAAGCUGUUGGUAGCCUCGACUUCCUUAAAACCCCGGGAGCUCCAAUAAUGAUGUCUGACGAAUCACAAGCUUACAAAGACGUGACUCUUUAUUGGAAACCGCCAUCUGACGGAGGGCAUGUGGAUUUCUACAACCUGGAAUAUCGCCAGAUUGUACAGCAUUCACCUACCAAGACAGGAAGCAAGUCCAAGCAGACCAAGUUCAAAACUGCUGAUCAAAAUGAACUAAACUUCACAACAGAGGCAACAUGGACUUUAAUAAAGGCUGUCAAUGCUACGUCAUACUCUAUAUCAAACCUAGAGAGAUAUAGGGAAUACGAGUUCAGGGUUCAAGCUGUAAACAGCGCGGGUUGUGGGACAUUUAGUGACUCUAUACUAUUAAGGACUACUCCAGGGUCAGUGUUUGACUUCAGAUUCGAUUCAGCAAGAAUCAACUCAGGAAGAGACACAGUUGAAGUAAGUGACAAUGGCAUGACAGCCACCAUUGUCCCGAACAGCAAAGUCCUCGACAAUGUUGGGCUUAUCCCCACAGGACCAGUACCACUCGACCCCAUCUACAUCAUUGGCGACCAGAAAAUAACUUCAGGAAAACACUACUGGGAAAUCGUUAUCAACCAGUCAGCUUACAUAACACAAGUUGGUGUCGUUAGUGAAAAGAAAUCGCGCCUGGUUCUCCAUCCAGGUGAUCAAGUAAGCACAGACAGCGGACAUGAUAGUUGCGAAGAGAUCGAUGUUCAUGAGGAUCCACUCGGCAGUGACUGUGGUGUGAUGAUAAACCAUGUGAUGGGUCAGGUUCGUCUGCCAUCAAAAAAGAGCAGCAGUGGCAAGGAAACAUCAGCAGUUACGGUAUCGAACUCACUGGGUGUUUUAGUUGAUUGUGACAACGGCUUAGUGAGCUUCUACGACGGCAACACAAAACGCUUGAUAUUUUCCAGUGAAAGUUGCGUACGAGGACCAGUUUACCCAGGCCUAGUAAUAGUCGGAGCUGGUUCAUUUAGUAUUCGAUGUUAGGGUAACGCAAAUUCAUAGUUAUAUCAGGGUUAUGUAUAUUGUUGUUGGUGUAUGAAUUUUAAAGUUAGAGUAGUUGUGCUGUAAAUCAUGGUAAACGAUACUGCAUCUUUGGAAGGAGUAUUUUGAUGAUACAAAUUGUCGCCUUCUUUUGUUUUAAUUAUAUUCUUGCCUAGAACCAAAUUAUAUUCUUGCCUAGAACCAAAAUUAAUAAUACUUCAAUAAAAUAAUAUUUUAGUGAUUGAGAUCUUGUUGUAAUGAAAAUGUUUUAACUGUUUAAAUCCCUACAAUAUCUUUAAGGAAAUUUAGGAAUUGCCUUGCUAUCACUUAAAUAUUUCGUGUGUGUUCUUAUAAUUUUAUAUUAUUCAUGUAAAACUGGAUGGGUUGGAAAAUAUACAACAGUUAAUGUCUAAUGUUAGCUACAUUUUAAAUAUGUUUAUUCCUAUCUAAUGCAAGAAUAAUAAGAAUCACCAUGGUUUCAUAGGCUUAUGCUGUAAUAUAAUUGAAAGUCUUAUGCCCGCUUAUACCAUUAUAGUUAAUAUAUAACCUACUAAAAUCUCUUUACGGUAAAUCUACAGUUGAACGGGUCGACCAUGAUAAGCAGUACUGUAUACAUUAUUGUGCCUAAUGGAAAUUUUCUCUAGCAUAUCUCGUGUAAGAAAUAGUAAAUAAUUUCAUAGAAAUGUUAUUGUUUACAUUGUUGACAAUAUUCCCUUUUUUUCGAAGUCAUAAAUUGUUUAAGUAAAAUGUAAUUUCUAUCAUUAUAAUAAUAUGCAAAUUAUAUUAUAUAACUAAAAUGUAUUGCAGUACUAUUGAUUACUACGUUUAGCCUGCGGCGUAUUAUACAAUAUAUUUCUAAAAUUUAAAAUAAACGCAGCUUUACGCCAUCUUACAUAUCCUGUAUCAACAUAGCAGGCUGAUGUCUUUAAACAAUGGCAAAGAUACUAGAAACACAAGAUAGACCUUCCCACAGACAAAAACUGUAUCACCAAUUUGCAGGAUAGGUAUACUGUACUAAGGUAAGCUUGUUCAUCUCCUGUCGUACCCGAUGCCCCAAUAAAUGAGGCGCCGCGUAUAGUACAGGGGGAGAUAAACUCAAGUAAAUGGUCAUUAUUGUAAGGACACUGGCACCGCGUACGGUGGGAGAUCCGUAAAAGAUGUUCUGUCUUUUGUUUCUAGUAUCUGGUAAUAGUUAUUCUGUGCUUCGUGAAUGUCAAUGCUAAUUAAUGCAUUUAUGAUUUUUACUCGAACAUAUUUCAACGGUUUUAAAACAUUUUUGACGGUUAUUUUUUAUUUCAUUAUUUUUUUCUUUAUUGUUGUAAACGACCUAAUGCAUUCAGAAACUAAUGGUUAAUGGUUUUACUUUAUUUUUUUUAAUUAUUAUUGAUGAUAUAAAUUGUUUACUUAUUUAUAUGCUAACGCAGAUCAGAAGCACGAAAUGGAUUUGUAAAAUCAAUACAUUUAUCGUUCUAUUUUAGAGCAUUCUUGUGUCUAAUGUUUUAAAACAUUUUGAUGGUUGUUGAUUUUUGUUUUACAAAUAUUUUUUGUUACUGUAAAUCUGAAAUUGAUUGAGAUACAUUGUUCCUUGUCAAAAACAGAAUUAAUAACAGUUUGACGAAUAUUUAGUACACGUUUAGUGACCUAAUGCAUGCAUCACCCUCAACUCAUAAACUAAUGGUUAAUGUUUUUUCCCUCGAUUUUUUUUUUUAAACCGAUGAUAUAGACUGUUUACUAAUAUGUAUGUUGAUGCAAAUCAGGAGCACGAAACGCGUUAGUAAAAUCAGUAUAUUUGUUGUUCUAUUUUAAAGAAAUCUUAUGUCUAAUAUUUACCUUGAUAUUAUCAACGUGCCUUUGCUAUUCCACCUACCUUCUACCUUGAUAUAUUUUAGUCUGACGUCACAGUAGGUAUGCAAUAACAAUGUGACGCCAUCUUAUUGUCUUUCCUGGUGGCAUAUGUACUUUUUAACUUGUAAAAAUGAUAUUUGAAGCUUGAAUUAUUUUUGUAAAAGAAUUCUUUCUAUUGUUUUAGUUGUACAGUAAAUGUAUGCACAGAAUAUAUCGACUAGUAACUUGAAUAAAGAGAUUAAAUGUAUGGAAAUUGA